AUAGAUGUCGUUAGUGAAACACGUAAUUAUACGACAUGGAAUGAAAUAAAACAAUCACCAGCUAUUAUUCCAGCACGUGCUGCAUUAAAUAGAUUACAUAUUUGGCUUGCGGAACAUAAUUAUACUCAAAUUUAUGUUGAUCAAAGAACGUCGGAUAUUGUAGCAUUAACACGACAUAAUCCGAUAACUCAUGAGAAAGUUAUCAUGAUUGCAUAUACGGCAUUCAACAGAGAUGCUAUUUGUUAUGAUUGUCCAAUAGUUGAAGAUUUAACAUUUACUGGUUUAUUUGAUGAAAUUCUACUAGAAAUUGAAUUUCACUAUACGUUUAAAGGAAAUCCAGAUAGUACGGAUAAAAUUGUUGGUUUAAAUGGUGCUAAAGUUGAAGUUCGAGAGCAUUUGAAACAAGAUAAUUCGAAAUUAGCAGUGAUCAAGCAAUUUGAAGCAAAUGGCAAACUUCACCUGGAGCAUUUUCCUUCCGGAUCAGUUAUUGUUAUAAAGGUAUCACCAAUCAAGAAGGCAGCAGAAGCAAUCAAAUUGAUUCGUGAUUAUUUGUCCGGAAAGAAUGAUUUUAUAAAAACAUUUUUUGUAAAUGCAUUGAAACAAUCAACUCUACAAAUUUACAAUAUGCUUCUAUUUCGAUGUGCCGGAGAAGAUCAGGAUGAUUUCGGAUCAGGUUCUUAUAAUGUACCUAAUUGGAAAACAUUAGAUUAUUGUGGCUUACAAGGAUUAUUACCCUAUCUAAAUGAUAUCCGAUUUCAUAAUGAUCUUGGUCAUCCGAUAUGUCAAAAUUUACGCGAUGGUUUAUGGCUUUGUAAUUAUAUUUAUCAUCGGCUUAGAAACCAUAAUCCGGUGCUAACGGAAAUUGCUCGUAUUAUUCGAAUUUUAUUUCUACCACUUCGUGAAAUACCAUAUGAUUUAAGGCCCUGCUAUUUUGAAGCAUUAUUUUCACCAUUUAUAACAGCGUCGGUAUAUGUUCAAUCAUUAGCGCUAUCUUCGGUAUCCUUCCUUGGAGCAGUUAAAAAUGCUAGAUUGUCACUAUUACCUGAUGGAUAUAAAACAGAAGAUGAGCAACCUUCAUCACUUUCCGCUGGUUUACCACACUUCUCAACCGGAAUUUGGAGGAAUUGGGGACGAGAUACAUUCAUCGCAUUACCUGGUUGUUGUCUUGUUACCGGUCGAUUUCAGGAUGCGCGAAACUUAAUUUUGUCAUAUGGUGGUGCAAUGAGACAUGGAUUAAUACCGAAUCUUUUGGAUGGAGGAUACGGUGCACGUUAUAAUGCACGUGAUGCUGUUUGGUUCUGGUUGUAUUCUAUUGUAAAAUAUAUUGAAAUGGUACCAAAUGGUGCUGAAAUUCUUAAAAGUAAAGUACUUCGUAUAUACGUCCACGAUGAUACCAUUUAUGGACAUGAUUUAACUGAGCAAGAUCUUGCUGAUACAAUGCAAGAAACACUUAUGCGACAUUUCAAUGGAAUAGAAUUUGUAGAGCGCUUUCAUGUAAAAGCAUAUGUUGAUCACAAUACGGGUUUCAUAUAUGGCGGUAAUUUAUACAAUUGCGGUACAUGGAUGGAUAAAAUGGGAAGCUCCGCAAAGGCUGGUAAUAAAGGUUGGCCAGCAACACCUCGUGAUGGUGCUGCUGUUGAAUUGCAAGGCCUUUGUUUUGCGACAAUUGAGAAAUUGGAAGAACUGUAUCAGAAGAAACUCUAUCCAUACGAGGGUGUUUCCGCUGAAAAUAAAGAAAUAUGGACGUGGCAAAAAUGGAUGAAUAUGAUGAAAGACAAUUUCGAACGCUUUUUUUACGUAACUGACGAUGAUCAAUCACAAUAUGUAAAUAGACGUGGUAUAAUUAAGGAUACGUAUGGUUCCAGUCAAGGUUAUACAGAUUAUCAAUUACGACCAAAUUUCUCCAUUACACUAAAUGUGGCUCCAAGAUUGAUGAAUUCAGAAAAAGCUUGGCAUGCAUUGCAAAUUGCAGAAAAUGAAUUACUCGGACCAUUGGGUAUCAAAACUCUUGAUCCAAGUGAUUAUAAUUACUGUCCAUUUUACAAUCAAGAUGAUGAUAGUACGGAGAAAAAGACAGCACGAGGUUGGAGCUAUCAUCAAGGACCAGAAUGGUUAUGGGUGGGAAUGUUUUUCUAUCGAGCUAAAUUAGCUAUAGCAAAAGUGAUCAGUGAAGAUAAGAAUGAUAUGGAAUUUUAUGAGAAAGCUAAACGAUUUAUACGAUCACGAAUGGGUGCUUAUUGGGAGCAUUUGAAGUAUUCAAAUUGGGCAUCACUUCCUGAAUUAACUAAUGCAAAUGGAUCACCAUGUUAUCAUUCAUGUGGUGCACAAGCUUGGAGUAUUGGUUGUAUGUUGGAAACGGUUAAUGAAUUAUAUGAAUUACACAAAUUUUGA